AUAACUGCAUAGUACUGUUGUUGUUUAUCCGCGAAAUAAAAUAAAUCUUAACAGAAUGGAAGAUACUUCGUCUAAACCAGUGUGCCUUAUAAUACUAGGCAUGGCUGGUGCCGGUAAAACGUCUUUCACACGUCGUUUGGCCGGCAAAAUCACAAAUGGAGUCAGGCCAUAUUUGAUUAAUUUAGAUCCAGCAUGUCGAGAAGUGCCGUAUCCAGCCAACAUAGACGUAAGGGACACUGUCAAUUAUAAGGAAGUUAUGAAGCAAUAUGGACUUGGACCAAAUGGUGGGAUAGUGACCGCACUGAACUUGUUCUCAACCAAAUUUGGUCAGGUUGUUGAUUUAAUAGAAAAAGCAGGGAAAAAACACAAAUACUGCAUUUUAGAUACACCUGGUCAAAUAGAAGUAUUCACAUGGUCGGCAUCAGGUACAAUUAUAACGGAGACGCUAGCUUCAUCGUGUCCAACCGUCGUAGUUUAUGUCAUGGACACAGUCAGGAGUGUUUCCCCCGUCACAUUUAUGUCUAACAUGCUGUAUGCUUGUUCCAUAUUAUAUAAAACUAGAUUACCGUUCAUCGUUGUCAUGAAUAAGACAGAUGUAGUAAAUAACAGCUAUGCUGUGGAAUGGAUGCGCGAUUUCGAAGCAUUCCAGGAAUCUCUAGAUGCCGAGGGUGAUGGUGAAGGAAACUCAUAUGUAGGGAACUUGACUCGUUCCAUGGCACUAGCCUUGGAUUCGUUCUACACCGACCUUAGAUGUUGUGGCGUCAGUGCUCAUACCGGAGAGGGAAUAGAUGAAUUUUUCAAAUUAGUGGAUGAGGCUGCCGAAGAAUAUGAAAAAGAUUAUAAAGCUGAUUGGUUGAAAAUGAGACAAGAAAAAUUGGACGAGCAAAGGAAGAGAGAGGAGGAACUAAAAAAGCCUAUCAAAACCGAUCCAAACGCGAUUAUAGAAAAGCCGAAUCUAAUAGAAGAAGUACCCGGUGGUAGAGAAAUUAGUGAUAUGUAUCUGUCACAUCCUGGUGAUGAGAGCUCUUCAGAUGAUGAGGGCGAAGAGACCAGGGAAAUAGAUGACAAGCCCGAGGAUGUCGCUGAGUUUCAGGAAUUUAUAAGGAAUCACGUUAAGACGAAUAAUAAUAAAACGUAGAAAAAAAAUA